AUGGGCAUAACUACUCCAUUUGCUAUCUUUUUCCAGACCAUUUUAGCAAUUGAGUCCGCCAUUGCCUUUUUAGGAAAUGGAUUUAUCAUAGCUGUGAAUGGACACCGAUGGCUCCAAAACUGGAAGAUGGCCCCUUGCGACUUCCUCUUGACCAGUUUGAGCAUCUCCAGAAUUCUCUUGCAGUUGACGGCCAUGGUGAGUUCCCUUCUGUACUACAACUCUCCAUUGAGCUAUAUGCGUAUUUAUGAUGAGAUUUGCACAUUUCUGUGGCUGUUUCUCAGCCAUGUCAGCCUCUGGUGUGCCACAUGGCUCAAUAUCUUCUACUGUGUGAAGGUCACCAACUUCCCCCAUCACCUGUUCCUCUGGCUGAAGCUAAGGAUCGAUGUACUUGGACCCAGACUGUUCGGAAUGGUGAUCAUAGCUCUCAUGCUCUUCUCUGUUCAUCCAACCAUUCUUCAUUUUGAAAACAAGAAGGCCUGCAAUCUCUCAGGAACUCUGACACAGAAUGCCAGUCUCAGCAAGGUUUGCAAAGACCCAUUCUUUGUUUUUAGAACUCUACAGUUAUGUUCUUUAUGCAUGAGUUUCAUCCUCAGUGUAACGGCAUCCAUGGUUUUACUCAUCUCCCUUUGGAGGCACAGAAAGAAUAUGAAAAAGAGUGGCUCUGUCAUUAAGGACCUCAGCACUCAGGUCUAUCUCAAUGUCAUGAAGUCUUUGCUGUUCUCUCUGUUCUUCAACGUUACUUAUUUUGUUUCUUUAAUCAUUCCUAUGUUUAGUCUGUACAGGAAUGGCACAAAUGGGCAAUUAGUUUCUGAUAUUGUGCUGUCUGCAGUCCCUUCAGCACAUACCAUGAGCUUAAUAUUGUCCAAUCCCAAACUGAAAGAAAUCUUAAUGCACAUUCUACACAUCAGACAAAGGGCUAAAUAA